CUGAUUGUGCAGCCACCUGCUAUAUAAGGCCCCUCACACACCUUCUCCAGCCUUCUGCUGGGAUCCACCUUCUGCAGGGCAGUCUCUGGGCCAGACAGAGAAGGCUUGAGGCUCUGCAGCCACAGUUCUCGUCCUCAGGAGGCAUAUGUCCAGCACCAUGAAGGGCUUCCUCUUUGCUGGUAUCAUCGUCGUGCUCACGGUUGCAGCUGUAGAUACACUGCGCUGUGUACAGUGUAAUUCAUUGACAGACAGCUGUGAUGCAAAAAAUGCCACGGAGUGUCCCUCAAAUGUCACCAUCAGCUGUACAAGUUUCUCAACCAACUUUUAUCCUGGAGAACACUCCACAUGGUAUGAGGAUCAUGCCUGCUCUGAAGAGAAAUGCAGUAACACCACGGUUGAGUCUUUCACGGUCUAUGUAUCUUUAAAUGAAACCUUCCACUUUGAAAGCCAGUGUUGCCUAGGACAGCCAUGCAAUCAAACCAGUAAUACCACCGCUUCUUCACAGCAAGAGGGGUCCAGCAUAGAGUGCCCUGCGUGUUAUGGAAAUAAUGAAACUUCCUGUAAUGAAACCCGGAAAUGUUAUGGAGAAAGAUGUGUCAGUAUAAUUGCAGAAUUUAUAAAUGAGACGACAACGUUCGUGCUGAAAGGUUGCUCCAAUGUCAGCAUCUCCACCUGUCAGAUCCUGGGUGCUGAAAAUCAGACGUUCAGAGGAGUCACUUUCCGAAAGUUUGAGUGUGGAAACAACUCCUUCUCAACAACCAUUCCCCCUACGCAGGCCACCACUGACACUGGCUCUCAAGCCUCCUUCACACCCUUGGCCCUAGCCAGCAUCCUCCUGCUAAGGCUGCUGCUCUGAGAUCUGCACCCUCAAACACUCCCCUCCCCUGUUUAAAUGCUCAGUGAGUAGCAGUAGCAGUCACAGCCAUCCAGGCAAUGUCUUGUGAUAGCCACAUUAUUCUUUAUUAUUAAAGCAUUGGUUCACUCGCUGA